GUUCGUAAAACAAAUUAUUUCCAUUAUGUUUCUCAUCAUUUUCAUUGGUUUUUGUUCACAGGUGCAGUGCGACAGAUAUUCGCGGUCGUACACGGAACUGCGUUAUUGCCGUGUGACAUUGCGCCACCUAUACCCCACGAUCCCCAGGACACUGUUAUUCUAGUGGUUUGGUACAGAUAUGAAAAAACUGCAAUUUAUAGCGUGGACAUCCGAGGCAAGUUUACAGAUCCUAACAAGUCACAUUGGAAGGACGAGUCGUUGGARGGCAGGUCACACUUCCGAAUGUUAUCCGAACCGGCUAUGUUAACCAUCGAUAACGUAUCGGAAAUGGAUGCCGGAAUUUACAGAUGUCGAGUAGACUUUCGGAAAUCACCAACCAGAAACUCCCGACUCAACCUAACAGUAAUUGUGCCUCCACAGAAACCAGUCAUUUUGAGCGAGUACAACGAAGAGAUAGAACACACAGGACCAUUCUUCGAGGGUGAUCGGGUGAAAUUGACAUGCAUGGUAUCCGGAGAUUUACCACAGGUACCACAAAUCAAAUGUCCUAAUAUGUAG